AUGUUUCGCGAUGAAGCCCAGAUAAAUUACUAUUUUCAGUUCGAUUUCAAGAGACGAGUGCUUAAUGAGGGGAAACUCAAAGAAUUGAAAGAGAUCCUAAAGAGUAAUCCAGACAUCAUUGAACCCAUAUUUAUCGAUUUUUUGAAAUAUUUCCGGAAGAAUGAUUGUGAGUAUCGUUUGGCUAUUCUACAAUUAUCUGCUGAACUUUUCCAGCGUUCUCAUGUUUUCCGUGUUCUACUGGUCAAUCAUAUGCAGGAAGUUUUAUUAUAUACAGCAGAAACAGACCUUCUCCAUUACCCUCUUCCACCUCCCAAGGAAGCUGCCAAAAUCCUUAAAUUAGAAACUUUGAAACUUAUCAAACUUUGGCAUGAAAAAUAUGCAGAAGCUUAUCCAAAAUUGGAUUUCGCUGUCAACUUCCUACACUCUUCAAAAUCUUUGGAUUUUGAACACGCCAGUGCUGAGCUUCAGGUUGAAAGGCAACGGGCUGAAGAAGAAAAUCGAAAAAGGAAUGAAAAGAGUAAACAAGUAGUCGAGAAAAUUGAAAAAGAAUUUAAAGAACGACGAGAGGAAAUUUCACGUUGUAUCAAUGAGACAAGACAUGCGCUCGAGCUCCUGGUGCCACGAUUUGAUAUUGAUGAAGGUGUAGAUAAUGCGAGCUGUCUCGGAUGUGAGAAAAAGAUAAUUCAUGGAUACAGCUUGCUCGAAUCGGUAGCCGUAACUGUUCCAGUGGAUUCACCAACUGUGAUUGUUAACGCUGAAAAUCAAGCAAUCAUAAAUGCCUUAAUGGAUUGUAUGAGAAUGUUGCAAUUUUAUAAAAAAACCAUUUGUGGUUGGCUGUUUAAGCUUGGCAAGUAUGGUGGAAACAAUGGGCAGAAACUGUGCAAGGAAAUCGUUGAUUUAAAAGAGAAGAUUAUUGUUGAGUUGGAGAAAUGUGAAGAGUUGCAUUUGCAAAACAGGCAAAAGUCGGAAGGAGAAGAUUCAGAGACCGAUGAUUUUGAAGAUGUGCCAGAAAAAGAAGAUUUGGAGUUGGAUUACAAACCACCAGAAGAGUUACCAGAAUACAUUUUAAAAAAAACAGUGGAAAAUGAUAUUUUAGCUGGCCCAAGCAAAAUUAAUGGAAUGCAGAAAUUACUAAAUUCAUCUCCAGAUCACAGAGAGAAUAACAUUCAUGAAAAUAAGAUACCAGUUUUGUCGUAUGGACUUGAUCUUAAAUACUGGGGUGAAAAUGACAUUAAACCUGCUGAAGUACCACGAAACAAUGCUGAUUGUCAUCGAUUCUGGCGUCCUUCGGAUGAAGGCUGUUCAACAAAUUUGGAUAUCGCAGAAGCAUAUCACUCUCGAGUUAUGACAUUUGUUGGUCAACAGUUAAAGGGUAGUCGACAGUGUCGUGCUCCAUUUAGGGAUGGAACAUUAUGCCCUCGCAUGGACCUAAAACGUUGUCCACUGCAUGGGAAAAUCAUUGAUCGCGAUGAAAUGGGAUACCCAAUGAAAGAAAUCAUUCAGAAAUCUUGCAAUCCAAAAUGUGAUACAAAGGAAGAGGAAGAAUAUAUCAAAGAUGUCGAAGCUGCGACUGGAGCGAAUUUGAGAGGAAAGAUAAAACGAGGGAAGAGAAAGCGACAAGAAGAUACUGAUGGAAACACACCUACUGCUGUAAGAAACAGACUUAAUGCUAAACUAUUUAAUCGAAAUACAAUAAAACGUGUUUAUGAAACAUUAGAAUCUGUUCGAAAAGCAAGAGCAGCAAAGAAUUUCGAACAUCAGUUUAAUUAUGCGUUAACGAAGAGCGAAUUAAAUUGUGGUAUUGUUUCUUUCGGCUAUCUCAAGCUUCUCGUCCUACUUGAGAUCCGUGCAUGCGUUUGGUCUAUAAUGAAACCAUAA